UCGGAAAGUUUUUGUUUUGUAUGUUAUAAUUAACUAUAUUCACAAAUAAUGAUUGUGCUGACAAAAACGAGAAAUAACAGUGUCGAAGAAUAGUGAAAUUGGCAUGCAGUAAUUCCGCGAAGCAAUAAGAUUGAGCCUUUAGGUUCUUGGAGAGAAAGUUGACGCAUGAUAGUUCAGAAACGACUCCCCGAAAUGGCAAAAAAGAAAUUGCGAUUUACUUUUUUACUACGAAACAAUUGAUCUUUGUCAUCAGUGCUCCUCACAAUGAAUGUUCUUCGUGAAAUGAGACUUUUCGUUGCCGUUGAUACUACUUAGAAGCCAGUCUUGCAGCGGAAUCAUAAAAACACAUCAUUGGUCAGGAGGUAUUGGUGGAAGAAACGGAGGGAAAGAGUUCCGAGAGUGCUCUUGUGUAAUCGGCUGUAGUCGUAUUUAUUUUUGAUACUACGGCUAGAGAAAAUGAAAUUUCCAUCACUAGGAAAGUUGUUCACCAAAUGUAUCCUUAUCUUGCUAGUAUUGCUCUUCAGUGAUUGUACAAAUUUAAUCGAUAGCUUUAGUGGUGCUGACGUUCAGGGUGGCGGCAGAAAUCAAAAUAAUGAUAACAUAAGCAAUUUAGUUAAUGUAACGUUUGCGGUUACUGGUCAUAGCAAUGCAAGUGGCCAGCGCCGGACGGGGAGCAGUUGCUGUGAUAGUGAUAGUAUCCAACCGACGAGCAUCAACGGGAGUAGUGAGAAAAACAACAGCGCAGAACAUUUUCCGAGGAAAAAAUCCCAGCAGCGGCUGGUCGUGGAGUUCUCGACCAAUGUUGUUCACAACGAGUAUAUCGUACAUUUCGAUGGCUACUAUAAGCCGCUGGUCCGCGAAAAGUACAUUCGAACCGCCCUGAACGGAUCAAAGGUUAAAAAAUGGCGCAUUUUGCCUCGGCUAAAUCCAGUGAGUGAUUACCCGAGUGAUUUUGAUGUGCUGACGUUGGAAGAAGAUCCGCAGGUGGCAGUGGAUGGAAUUGAUUUGCUGAAGUCGCAUCCUUCGAUCAAAUCAAUCUCUCCCCAGCGCAUGGUUCACAGAACGUUGAAGUACGUUCCUAUGGAAAUGAGCGAAACGAUGGACGACGAAUCCGAGGAGACGUGGAAUCAGGAAGACGAAGUUCCACAGGAGGGUGAAGAAGAUAACGAGGAGAUUGCUGAGUUUAUCGAAAAAUUCAAAAAUUUUAAAAGAAGGCUUUCGACGGAUGUGGGUGAACUGAAUGAAAGUCGAUCUGAUAGUUCAGUUCCAAUAAAUUCGAUUACCCGGCACACAAAUCGGCGACUGCUGAGAGCUAUUCCCAGACAGAUUACUUCGUUGCUUAAAGCCGAUGUACUUUGGGGAAUGGGUGUUACCGGUAAGGGAGUGAAGGUGGCUGUUUUUGAUACGGGUCUUUCGAAAAACCAUCCGCAUUUUAAAUCGGUUAAAGAACGAACUAACUGGACAAACGAAAAAACGCUUGAUGACGGUGUUAGUCAUGGGACGUUCGUCGCUGGCAUUAUAGCUUCUUCGAAGGAAUGCUUAGGCUUUGCUCCGGAUUCUGAGUUGCACGUUUACCGAGUUUUCACAAACAAUCAGGUGUCAUAUACGUCUUGGUUUCUGGAUGCUUUUAACUAUGCCAUACUUAAGAAGAUCAACGUGUUGAAUUUAAGUAUCGGUGGUCCAGAUUUCUUGGAUCAGCCGUUUGUUGAUAAAGUUUUAGAGUUGUCGGCGAAUAAAGUGAUUAUGGUUUCCGCAAUCGGUAACGAUGGGCCACUUUAUGGAACACUGAACAAUCCGGGUGAUCAGAUGGAUGUCAUUGGGGUCGGUGGUAUGGACUAUAAUGAUAAUAUAGCGAAAUUUAGCUCAAGAGGCAUGACCACGUGGGAACUCCCCAACGGUUAUGGACGCUUAAAACCUGACAUAGUUACAUAUGGAAGUCAGGUGAAAGGAAGCAACUUGAAUGGGGGUUGUAAAUCAUUGUCUGGGACUUCAGUAGCUUCGCCAGUUGUUGCUGGAGCAGUCACUCUAUUGGCUAGUGGUGUUAUCAAUCAACUGGAUCAAAUAAAUCCCGCUUCAAUGAAGCAAGCAUUGAUAGAGGGAGCUCAGCGAUUGCAGGAAAAUAAUAUGUUUGAACAAGGCCACGGAAAGCUGAAUAUUUUAAAAAGCAUGAAGAUCUUAUCUACGUACAAGCCGAAGGUGUCACUGUCUCCUGCGUAUUUGGAUUUUACCGAGGAUUACAUGUGGCCCUACACAACUCAGAGUUUGUUCCAUACAAGUGCUCCGGUGAUAGCAAAUGUGACCAUCCUUAACGGGAUGGGAGUGAUUGGAAGGAUCAUAAACAAACCCACUUGGCAUCCAUACACGAACGAAAAUGGUCAAAUGCUAAACAUAUCAAUAUCUUUCUCGGAGCAAUUAUGGCCGUGGUCUGGCUGGAUGGCGGUACAUAUUGGGGUUAACGAACUUGGGCGUAGCUUCGAAGGAUUGGCCCAGGGCCACAUUACUCUGACGGUUCAAAGUCCCGCCGGCUUAGGAGAAAAUGAACCACGCAAUGGAACAGUGAGCUUUCCAAUAAAAGUGAAAAUAAUCCCACAACCACCAAGGCAUAAGCGCAUUCUCUGGGAUCAGUAUCAUAGUUUGCGCUAUCCUCCAGGUUAUCUUCCAAGAGACAAUUUGAAAAUUAAAUCUGAUCCGCUUGACUGGCGGGCAGAUCAUAUUCAUACCAACUUUAAGGAUAUGUACACUCAUUUGAGAAAUGCUGGUUAUUAUGUUGAAGUAUUGGGUGGACCUUACACGUGCUUCAAUUCCAGUAACUAUGGUACGCUACUCAUAGUUGAUCCAGAAGAAGAAUACUUUCACGAAGAGAUUAUAAAAUUGAAGAACGAUAUCCUGGAACGGGAGCUGAGCGUGAUUGUGUUUGCCGAUUGGUAUAAUACAACAGUCAUGCGUAAGAUAAAAUUCUACGACGAAAACACUCGCCAGUGGUGGAUGCCAGAUACCGGAGGUGCUAACAUUCCGGCUCUCAAUGAGUUGCUUCGGGAUUUUGAUAUUACUCUAGGGGACAAAGUUGCUGAAGGUUAUUUUGAUAUGCGAGAUCAUCGGAUGUACUAUGCUUCUGGCUGCAACAUACUCAAAUUUCCCACUGGAAAUAAAACCAUCCUAAUCGAGCGAGAUUUGUUCGAUCAAGGUCUCGAUAUUCUUUCCCCCGAUGAAAAAAGACAGAAAAUUAGGGCCAAAACUGCCAUCUUAGGCUUACUACAAACGGAUCAUAGCUAUUCGAAAGUACAACCGGCAACCCCAAACCCGGACCCCAUUAAUCCAGAUCCACUGGAUACUGAUCGUAGUGGCGAAGAAUUACAAAUCGGUCGUGAUUCAAUAAUCAAUAAACGGAUACUGCUUGGAGCGAAGUCUUUCCCGAAUGAAGACGACGACGAUGACAUUCCGAACGAGGGAGGCGAGCAGAGGCAGGAUUUCGAAAGCAACGCUAUUGGAAAUCCAGAUUUUGAUGCACUGAAAAAUGGCGAGGAUGAUGAUCCGCCGGACGACAUCAAGCAAAUUCAGCAUCCGGAAGAAAUAAGCCAAUUGUUGUUAGAAAAGAAACAAAAUUUUACCGGAGAAAAACUUCUGAUGGUGGAAAUUCCUCAAACGUUACUUAAGUUGUCUCCUGCAGAUCAGCAGUCAAAAGUUAAUGGUAAAUUUAACGACAGUACAGGUGGCAGUGAAAGGCGAAAAACUGGCGGUCGAAUAGCGGUUUAUGGUGAUUCUAACUGUCUUGAUUCGACACAUCUCGAUAAACCAUGCUUUUGGUUGCUCGACUCGCUUCUGGAAUACACGAUGACUUCUCACGUCACCAAUCUUCUGAGGGAUUUAAAUAGCAGUCGGACAAGUGAAAUUCUCAGCGAUGCGAAAACGCCAGCUCGAUUGGCCAACAACAAUUUGCACCAUUACUCAAAAGUCCUAGGACCGGGCAACGAGAAGCGUCAGCUACCCCGCUGCCUACAGUUGAAAUGGGACCAGCCAAUUUCGCUGAACAUGUCCUCACUCAAUGGUUAUGGACCAAACGAGCGAUUAUUGCUCGAGCAGCAGCAGGAAUUGCUACUGCGACAGCAGCAAGCAGCCGCCCAACAGGCAGGCCUGUUCGGGAAUGAAAUCGAUAACAGUGUAAAUCUGUUUCGUAAACUAGAGAGUCAAAAAGCAACCGUAAUCAGCGCCAACGAUGAGCCGGAUGUCCCGGGCUGGCGCAACAAGAAAACCGAUAAAAUUCCGCCAAAUGCUCCCAAUAACUUUAUCAACCCAUCCGCUGUCCGUCCGUCGGCGGGCAUGAUACCCGUAAAAGUGCCAGUUGUUGAUCAACGAAUCGCUGGAGCAGCAACUGUUGGUCAACAGCAGUUUCAAAAGUUUCACCAGCAGCACCAGCAACAUUUGCAACCACCACAGUUGCAGCAUCCGAAAGUGAACAGUGAUAUAGAUAACCCUUAUGACGAUUCUGAUUUUCCGCUUAGUAGGGAGAGGUCGAGCGGAUCGAGCUUCGAAUUUACCGUGAAGUGGUUCCUUUGGAUGAUUUGUCUGUUACUGCUAUUACUGCUACUCAACUGGAUACGGAGGUGUAAAGGUCUCACUAUUAAGCGACGCUUCAAUUACGUACUGAAAAAAGUAGGAUUCUAAAAGUCCAGAAACCAAAAACUGUUGGUGUAGCUUCAGUUAGUCAACGUUCCUCUAUCGAGUUUAUGAUUUUUCUGUUACAAAUUAGACUGGCCUUCUAGAAAAAAAAACGGUUUUAAAAACCCAUAGCCGUAAAUUACCCAAAGAUUUUUAAUGUCGGUAUUCUUUCUAUUGUCUUCUGGGUAAACGGCGCCAAAACAUUUCGUAAUGUUUAUUUUCUAGUACUGAAUACCAUAAUCUUUAACUCGGAACAGUAGAAAAACAAAGAUUUAAGAUUUUUUUACAUAUAUUAUGUGGAAAUAUCUUUGCAGAUGACGAUGGU